AUGGCGAAUACUUCUUCGUCCAACGGAUUAUUUAAACCAGCGGAAUGUCCGUAUUUGAAGGGUGUAGCUUGGCGAGAUGAGUUCCUGCUGACAGAAGGUACCUACAACCAUCUGGUUGCUAUAAUCAGCAUCAAUUCCAUAUCAGUUUUACCAACUGUGUUGUUGAAUGCUCUGGUGAUCUUUGCUGUCGCAAAAAGGGAACAGUUGCGAAAUGAAUCGACAAUCCUUCUGGCGUGCAUGGCCGGGGCGGAUCUUUUGACAGGGCUGCUGGGACAGCCGAUACGAAUAGCGGCAGAAGGGCAGCGACUACUGAAAACUGGCACAUUUUGUGGAGCUUUGGAAAGAGCAAGCAUGUUAUCCUUAAUAUGGCAUAUCUUGGCGACCUUAACUCAUCUUGUGUUAAUAACUACUGAUAGGUACAUUGCCAUUAAAAAACCAUUAAGGUAUCGAGAGAUUGUCACAACACGGCGAGUAACCGUCGCUGUGAUUUCAGCGUUUGCUUUCUCGAUAUUUGUGACAACUCAAGAAAGCAUCCUUGCUGCAGUAAACAGUGACACAAACAUUUACAGUAUUUAUUUGACCAUAUCAACCAUAACGGUUACUAGUUUCGCCUCGAUUUCCGUAAUUGCCAUCGUAGGAAUUUAUUUGUACAUUUUCUCGGAAACCCGACGCCAACAACGAAUUGAGAUUGAACAUUUAAGCGUAGAAGAAAUUACGACAAUUAGGAAAAAUAACAAAGCCACCAAAGUUCUAGGAAUCAUCCUUAUUACGCUAAUUGCAACAUACCUACCAUCAAUAAUUUCUGUUAUCGUGUAUUUUUCUGUUAAUCUAGAAGGGCGUUUUUUAAACUGUAUGGCGAGUUGGGUGGCAACGUUAAUAAUGUUAGGUGCCCUGUGCAACCCCAUUAUUUACUGUUGGCGCAUGGAGAAAUUUCGCCACGCAUUUUUGGAAAUUUUAUAUUUAAGAAGUUCAGAAAACAACCAGCGACAAGAAGCGAUAGAGGUGCCAGUCAGUCAACCAGCUCAUUAG